AUACUGUUCCACCUAGGAAAGAAAACGUGCCACAUUUUGAUUUUGUUUUAUUUUAACUGUUUUUUUUAAUGCCAUGCCAUCCAAAGUACAGGUAGCACGUCUCCCCAUCUGGUGGAGGGACUGGAAGUGGAGAUAGAAGCAAUGGAAAAUGCUCCUGCCCCCAUGCUGGUGGGGAGGGAUAUUACAGAGCUGGAGCGUAAGCGAGCAGCGUGGGGAAACUUCCUAGAUCCCCUCCGCAUUGAUGUAGUGACUCGCUGGCAGAGCAAGAAGGUGAGGAGGGGAGGUAGGGAAACCGCCCAGAGCCAAGUAACCCAGUUGGCUGUGGAGGCAAGAGGGGGAUAAGGAAGAGACCCCCCGACUGCAGCAACCAGCUGGCUGCUGAGGGAACCAAUGACCCUGGGGUCAAGCUAAGUGACAGCCCCAGGGAGGAGCCCAGUCAGUCAGUGGCAGAGGAAGCCGAGGCUCUCAGGGAGGAAUUAGAGAACAUCCCAGUGAAGGAAGGGUCACCCCUUAGGGAAGCACUUGAACUCCCUGCUGAUUGCCUAGCUGGGCAGGAGUUCAAACCCCAGCUUGGAGGAACUUUGACGGGUGGCCCAGGCGCAGAAACAGGUCACCCCAGAUAAGAGGGAACAGGUGAUCUGGGAUAAGUGGGAACCAACGAUGCGGCUAGGACCAGCCCUGACUGCAUCAUGAAGGACUUCCAUGAACUGGGAGACAGCCUCAAGAAGACUGGAGCACAGGUUGUAUUUUCUUCCAUCUUUCCGGUCGGCAGCAGCUGGAGACGCCAGGGUGCCUGCAUCAAAGAAGUUAACCGGCGGCUCCAGAGUCGGUGUCUUCAGGAGAGCUUCGGAUUCUACAGCCAUGACCAGCACUUGCAGGGAGGAGGCUUCCUGGGAGAUGAUGAUCUUCAUCUCUCCCCCAGAGCUACAGAAAACUGGAUAGCUUCUUAUCCCAGGAUACAACCAUGGGAUCCUUUGGAGACACAGGAAGGGCAGAGCAGGAGGAGGGCUAUGGGUGCAGCUGCAUCCCUCUGCCUUCUUUCCUCCAGCGCCUCCGCACCCGAGAGCCGAGGCCCCGAGCAGGCAGCCAGGAAGGGCGGGAGCAGCUAUUUGACAGCGGAGACUGGAGGACCUUGCAGGCUCUAUGGAGGCAGCAGCUGCAGCUGCAGGUCAUGCAGAAAAAUGUAGAUGCUCUUCUGGAGGAUUUUGGGAACAUACAUACAUUUUUCGCAACAUACAGGACCUUUGCCUCUCCUGGUGAGGUCCUAGAAAUGCUCCUCAGCAGGCAUGGAAAGCUGGAGACCUUGAGCUGCAGAGGAGAUGAAAGUCUAGAUUUCUCAGCGGACUCCAGGGCAGUCCUCAGGAAUCCAAUCAUCUUCUUCUUGAAAACUUGGCUGCACUUCAGCCCUGAAGAUUUCAAAGAGCCGCCGAAGUACCACACACUGCAGAAAGUAAUAGCACACCUGAACAAGAACGUCCCUGGCUGUGACGUUGAAAUGGAGGCCAAACACCUCCUCCACCAGUUUCAAAACGAAGCAGAAAAUGAGAGCCAGCCUGGGGACCAUCCUGUGGACCAGCCAGGAGACCAGCCCAAGGGCCAGCCCGGGGAACUGCCUGAGGUCCAGCCCGGGAAGCAGCCCAAAGGCCAGCCCGGGGAGCAGCCGGAGGACCAACCUGGGGACCAUCCCGAGGGCCAGCCAGGGGCCCUGCCCGAGGACCAGCCCAGGGACCUGCCCGAGGUCCAGCCUGGGGAGCAGCCUGAGGGCCAGGCGGAGGACCAACCUGGGGACCAGCCCGAGGGCCAGCCCAGGGACCAGCCCGAGGCCCAUCUGGCGGACCGACCUUGGGACCUGCCUGAAGUCCAACCCAAGGGCCAGCCUGGAGAGCAGCCCGAGGGCCAGCCUGGGGACCUGCCCGAGGUCCAGCCCGGGGUGCAGCCCGAGGGCCAGCCCGGGGAGCAGCAGGAGGAACAACCUGGGGACCAGCCCAAGGGCCAGCUAGGGGACCUGCACGAGGUCCAGCCCGGGGUGCAGCCCGAGGGCCCGCCGGAGGACCAACCUGGGGACCAGCCUGAGGGCCAGCCCAGGGACCAGCCUGAGGACCAUUUGGGGGACCGACCUUGGGAUCUGCCCGAGAGCCAACCUGGGGACCUGCCCAGAGUCCAGCCCAAGGGCCAGCCCAGGGACCUGCCCGGGGACCAGCCCAGGAACCUGCCUCAGGAAAAGUUAACGAGCCAAGACACAACUAGAGAUGUGAUCUCAAAAAUUAUGAGAAAAUAUGAUCUGGACAUGGAGGAAGCUGGAAACUACCAACUUGUGCAGGUCAUUUCGGAACACAAAGAGCUAGUCUUCCCACAGGAAGCAAAUGUGCUUUCUUAUAUGAACAGCCAGGGGAACGCAGACAUCAGCCAAAGAAGAAAGCCAGCUUUCCGUGCCUCCCCAUUGUCUGCUGCAGACAAGAAAAAGAGGAGGCGCCUACCUCGCCUCUUUAGAGGCAGCAGGGUCAGACCCGAAUGAGAGCAUCCUGACAAGGAGCUGACACGAAUACCAUUCUCAGGCUGGGGGAGACUGGGAGCCUGUGGGCGGUUGGGGUGCAGGCAUGGGAG